CGCUGCGCGGGAUGCUGUGGCUGGCUGCGGGCGCCCGUCCUCCCCUCUCUGUGUCUGAGUCGUGAUGGCGGAGGACAGCGAGUCUGCGGCCAGUCAGCAGAGCCUGGAGCUGGACGACCAGGACACCUGCGGCAUCGACGGCGACAACGAGGACGAGGCCGAUCAUGCCAAAGGGAGCCCAGCGGGGGAUCUUGGAGCUAAAAAGAAAAAGAAGAAACAGAAGAGGAAAAAGGAAAAGCCGAAUUCUGGGGGGGCCAAGUCUGACUCUGCGUCUGAUUCUCAAGAAAUCCGAUCACAACAACCUGCAAAAAAUCCCGCCAUUCCAAUGCAGAAACUGCAGGACAUCCAAAGAGCUAUGGAGCUCCUGACCGCCUGCCAGGGACCCGCAAAGAACCUCGACGAGGCAAGCAAACGGAAAUACCAGUUUUGGGAUACACAGCCUGUACCCAAACUUUCUGAAAUUAUAACUUGUCACGGUCCUAUUGAACCUGAGAAAGACAACAUUCGUCAAGAGCCAUACUCGCUGCCUCAGGGCUUUAUGUGGGACACUCUGGAUCUGAGUAAUGCAGAGGUGCUAAAAGAACUGUACACGUUACUGAAUGAGAAUUAUGUGGAAGAUGACGAUAACAUGUUCCGAUUUGAUUAUUCACCAGAGUUUUUACAGUGGGCACUUCGUCCUCCUGGGUGGUUAUCCCAGUGGCACUGCGGAGUCAGAGUGUCUUCCAACAAAAAAUUAGUGGGCUUUAUAAGCGCCGUUCCCGCCACUAUCCGUAUUUAUGACAGUUUAAAGAAGAUGGUAGAGGUUAAUUUUCUUUGUGUCCAUAAGAAGCUGCGAUCGAAACGCGUUGCUCCUGUUCUCAUCCGAGAGAUCACCAGAAGAGUCAAUCUAGAAGGAAUUUUCCAAGCUGUGUACACAGCGGGGGUCGUUUUACCAAAGCCCGUGUCUACAUGCAGGUACUGGCACCGCUCCCUAAACCCUAGAAAACUGGUAGAGGUGAAGUUUUCUCACCUUAGCAGAAAUAUGACGUUACAGAGGACUAUGAAGCUGUACAGACUUCCUGAUGUAACAAAGACCGCCGGGCUACGGCCGAUGGAGAGGAAAGACGCCACCAUGGUCCAGCACUUAUUGAAUCACUAUUUAAGUCAGUUUAAUCUGUCUCCUGUGAUGGAUGAAGAGGAGGUGGUGCACUGGUUUCUCCCUCAGGAUAAUAUUAUAGAUACCUAUGUUGUAGAAAGUUCAAAUGGUGUAUUAACAGACUUCCUGAGUUUUUACACAUUACCCUCCACAGUGAUGCAUCACCCGCUGCAUAAAACGCUAAAAGCAGCCUAUUCCUUCUACAAUGUCCACACAGAGACUGCGCUGCUGGACCUCAUGAACGAUGCACUCAUUAUCGCCAAAUUAAAAGGAUUUGACGUGUUUAAUGCUCUGGAUCUGAUGGAAAACAAAACUUUCUUGGAAAAGCUGAAGUUUGGCAUAGGGGAUGGAAACUUGCAAUAUUACCUGUUCAACUGGAGAUGCCCAGCUAUGGAAUCUGAAAAGGUGGGCCUGGUGUUACAGUAAACUUCUGCAUCCAAGACCUGCCUCCCGCACGCACCGGAGCUGCUCUUCAGGAAGGACAAAGCACAAAACCGCUGGAGCCGAGGGACCCGAAGAGACGAAGAUCAAAUAAAGACGUCUGAGCAGCCCGACAGGAUUGCAUUGCAACCACCACAGAAUUCAUCCAGCGCUGUCGUCAUUCUCUCAUGGUGCAAAUGCAUUAUUCAAACAAUAAACCGAAUGAAAAAAAAGACGCAGAACAAAUGUAAUAAACUGAAGCACACAUUCCUUUAUAAUUUGGAAACAUGUUUUUUUUUUUUCUCCCCCUCCCCCCAAGGACAUGAGAGAUCGUUUGGUUUUAAUUCACCACCAUUUUUAUAGACAGACCUGCGGAAUGCAUGUGACAUCAUCUCUUCAGAUUUGAUACUGUACAUUCAGUGAGGCAGCAGAGCCAUCAACAAGCCCCUCCCUCCCAACACCCAACCCCCUUCCCAAAAGAAAACAAUUCUGCAAAUUAUGCCGGACGUUUUUUUUCCGAGCAUCUGCAAAGGGGACGAUUGACUCUUCUCUUGCUUUGCUUUUUGUUCAGCCUGCGGGGGAUCAGGUCACCAACUCUGUGCGCCGGGGGACACUUAAGAUAAUGACAGUGUUAUAAUCGGCAGAGCGAAAGUUCCUUAUGUUUGUGACAGAAGAAUAGCUAUGGCCGGUUUGUGCGAUGUUUAUAGUAAAUAUAAAGAGAAAAUUAAAGGUGCGCUUCCAGUGUUGCCUUAA